GGCGAAGGCGGACCCAUGGUAAAGAUGGCGGCGCUCGGGACAGGACGAUGUAUGAUAAGAUGCUAUUCACGUAUGAGAAAUGUUCAGAGGAGUAAGCAAGCGUUAGUGAGGUGUAGAGUGAGAACCGUUUGUAGUGACUCACAAGACAACGGCCCCAACGGAAAUGCAAAACCUCAAUUUAAAGAUCCAUUGGUGCAGGACAUCCUUACCAGGAUAACAGGCCUCGAUCUGCAGAAAAUAUUUCGACCCAUUAAACAGGAGCUGAAUCCACCAGCAUAUAAACUUAUGACUGAUGAGCAGUUGGAGGAGGCAUUCCAGGUGGCCUCAAAGCAAGCCAAAAAGCUGCUGCAGAUGCCCCCUGUGCUUUCAGAAAGGAAACCCAUCAGUGAUGUUCUGGCAGAGGAUAAGAUUCUGGAUGGCAUGGAUAAAGCCAAAUUUGUCUUCACAGACAUCACCUACAACAUACCACACAGGGAAAGGUUCAUAGUUGUACGGGAGCCUAAUGGAAUUCUUAGGAAGGCAACUUGGGAGGAAAGAGACCGGCUUAUUCAGGUCUACUUCCCUAAAAAGGAACGCAAGUUGACGGCACCUCUUAUCUUCAAAGAGGAGAACCUCAAGGUGGUUUUCUCUCAGGAUCGUCAUGAGGAUGUGCUGAAUCUGUGUCUGGUCCAAUUUGAGCCUGACUCCUCAGACUACAUCAGAGUCCAUGCAAGCACUUAUGAGGACCUAGAAAAGCAUGGCAAAUAUGGACUGCUGCGAUCCACCAGACAUUUUGGAGGCAUGACCUGGUAUCUGGUUAAUGCUCGCAGGGUAGACGGGCUUAUUGUGGACAUGCUAAAGAAUGAGCUGCUCCAGGAUGCCGUAAGCCUUGUGUCUCUAUUUCAUAUGGUCCAUCCCCACAGUGAGUCAGCUCAAAAAGCUGCAAACCAACAGGCUACGGGCAUUGACCUGAUUAAGAUCUAUGCCGAGAGGGAGUCCCAAAGGUCGGGAUACAUUGAACUGGCUCUGCAGGCAUUUGAGCAAAAGGCUGCUGACGGCUCAGCUGCCUAACUGCACCUCAAUGAAAUAAACUUUUUUUUGUGGACUGGUACUGAGUACCAGAGGAACAAGUGGAAUUGACAAAAAAUAUUUAAAGAAAAAAUAUUACCAUAUCAAUUCUUCUUGCGGUUUUGGUCAGAGAGACAUCUUGACUAACCGGACAACUAUACACUUGACAAAGCAGCUAAAAGUCUGAAUCACUUUUUCAGUGUAUGAAAUGGUUUGUCUGGACAAAAUGAAUCUUUGUGGUUGUCAUUUAACUUACUGAGUAAAUCCAAUGUACAUAUACAAAUAAUAAACAGUCUUUGUACUUGAAUGUCAUGUUUUUGGAGUUGUAUCUUCUGAGGCCAGAAUAAUAAAGAUUAAUUGAGAUGGGCUAUUUUUAAUUCCACAGCAGCAUCUGCAAAAACAAG